AUGGAGACCGCGGAGACCACGGAGACCCCAGGCGGCCAGCGCGCGCGCUGCCGCCUGCAGCUGCGCGCCGCUCCCGAACGCCAGACGCGGCGCGGGGGCGCGGACUCCGGGUACCGCGUCCCGGCCCAGCCCUGCGCCUCCCGCGCUCCAUCCCUCCCGCCUGCACCUCCCCAGCUCCCGGGCUCCGCUCUCUCGCCCCCGCACCCUCCAGGCCCUCGCUCAGGUGCGCUCCGUUCUCCCGGGUCUGGGCUCACGCCUCCUCUGCGCGUCUUCUGCUGCCCACCUCGCAGAUCCGCGGGCUUCUGGAGACCAUGGGUGGAAGACGGUGGCGAGAAGGAGGCGGGGGCGCCGCACCGCGCCGCGGAGGCGAUGCCAGAUGGCCCCGGAAUAACGGACGCCUCAGGAAAGCUUUCCCGAUACAGACACCCAGUCAGACUAUUUUGGCCAAAAUCAAAGUGUUACGAUUACUUAUAUCAAGAAGCAGAAGCUCUUCUGAAAAAAUUUCCAAUUCAAGCCACAAUUUCAUUUUAUGAAGAUUCUGAUAGCGAAGAAGAAAUUGAGGAGCUGAUCUGUGAAAAUUAA